AGUUGGUCACGGAAACUCUGAGGCCUGUGUAAACUUAAUAAAGGGUCCUAAGUCAGACCCUUUGAAUAGUUGUCUCUUGUACUUUUUGCCUCUGUUCCUCUCAGCCUGAUUCUUCUUCCUCGGGGUCUUCCCGUGCCCAGCUCAGGACUCCCCAAAGCACCCGGGACCAAUCCUUUCUGCCCCUGGAACUUCAGGUGACCUCCGCAAGGUAUUUAAAGGAAAAAAUUACCAAGCUCGGUCAUCUUUUCUGAUUUCCUGCCUCGCCAGCCUUGUAGGCCUGCUGACCACAUCCUCUCUCACCUUAUUUAUACACUUCCUCAUCAGACACGUCACAGGAGUUCUCAGCCCCCAAACCUGUGCAGAUCUCUCCCAUUCGGGGCUUCUGUCUACCCCCUGCCUUUUCUCUCCAAGGGUCCUGUCCUCGCUCACCCCAACACACACACACACACUCUUGGAGCCAUGUCCCUGGGCAUGGAGGCACCCGCUCCUAGUUCCUUCUGGAACGUCAUCACCCGUUUCUCCCACAGGUGACAGUGGUGGCCACGAUGCUCUCGGGCCGGUGGUGGCCGAGUAUUUGGGGUAACCUAGGACUGAGCCUACAGAGCCCUUCCCAGGGCCCCCAGCUCUGUGUCCUCUAUCCCUUCACGUACACCGGGGCGGAUGGCCGCCAGGUGUCUCUGGCUGAAGGUGACAGGUUCCGACUGCUCCGAAAGACCAACUCAGACUGGUGGUUGGCCAGGCGCCUGGGAGCGCCCCCCAGCUCCCGGCCCGUCUUUGUUCCAGCUGCCUACAUGACGGAGGAAUCACUCUCCUGCCGGGGACCAGCCGAGGCUACCCACAAUGCAUCCCGGACGAAGCUGUUUCAUGGCUCCCUGGAGGAGGGGCUCUACCUGUGUCAGGAACCCCGGGUCACGUCCGAGCAGCCGCUCCCCUGUCCCCACAAAAUGUGCAGAAGCGUCAGCAUGGCCAGUCUGAAGCCCUGCUUCCUGAAAGCCCUCAAGGAAGGGCCCAGAGAAAGAUCUCUCUCCCAGGAAGGCUCGGUGACAGAGGCCAGGGCCCAUAUGAAACCUGGCUCCAUGGAACAGACAGAGGCUCUGAUUAGGGACGUUGGUGCCCUACAACCUCAGGAAUGGCUUGAUCCACAGGGUUUACCAAGCCUCAGCCGAAGCGGCCCCUGGGGAGACCUCUCAGACCAGCCGACAGCCUUGCAGUCCUGCCCCGGUCUGCCACACCUGGAUGACCCCCAUGAGGAAAAGUCAGGCCUGAUCAACAUGACCAAGAUUGCUCAAGGAGGGCGUAAACUCAGGAAGAAUUGGGGCCCCGCUUGGGUGGUGCUAACCGGCAACAGCCUUGUGUUCUACCGAGAGCGGCCGCCGCAGUCUGCGCCCUCCCAAGGCUGGGCGCCUGCUGGAAGCCGGCCGGAGAGUAGCGUGGACCUGCGCGGGGCGGCCCUGGCUAACGGGCGCCACCUGUCCAGCCGCCGCAACGUCCUGCACAUCCGGACGGUCCCGGGCCAUGAGUUCCUGCUGCAGUCGGACGAGGAGCCCGAGCUGCGAGCCUGGCACCGCGCGCUGCGAGCCGUCAUCGAGCGGCUGGAUCGAGAGAACCCCCUGGAGCUGCGUCUGUCGGGCUCGGGACCCGCCGAGCUGGCGGAGCUGAGCGCCGGUGAGGAUGACGAGCUGGAGUCAGAGCCGGUGUCCAAGCCGCUGAUCCGGCUCAGCAGCCGAAGGAUUUCCAGUCGGUGUGCCGAGGGCACCGAGCAGAAGAACCGCGUGCGGAACAAGUUGAAGCGGCUGAUCGCCAAGAGACCGACCUUGCAGAGCCUCCAGGAGCGGGGCCUGUUCCGGGACCAAGUGUUUGGUUGCCAGCUGGAGUCGCUGUGCCAAAGGGAAGGGGACACCGUGCCCAGCUUUGUGCGGCUUUGUGUUGAGGCUGUGGAUAAAAAAGGUCUGGAUGUGGACGGCAUCUACCGGGUGAGUGGGAACCUGGCGGUGGUCCAGAAACUUCGCUUCCUGGUAGACAGAGAACGGGCAGUGACCUCUGAUGGGAGAUACAUGUUCCCAGAGCAGCCAGGACAAGAAGGCAAAUUAGAUCUGGACAGCGCCGAAUGGGAUGACAUCCACGUGGUCACCGGGGCCCUGAAGCUCUUCUUCCGGGAGCUGCCGCAGCCUCUGGUGCCCCCGCCGCUGCUGCCCCACUUCCGUGGCACCCUGGAACUGUCUGAGCCAGAGCAGUGUCUCGCUGAAAUAAAGAAGUUACUGGAGUUGUUUCCGAAGCCCAACCACGACACACUGCAGUACGUCCUGGAGCAUCUGUGCAGGGUGAUUGCACACGCGGACAAGAACCGAAUGACUGCCCACAACCUGGGAAUUGUGUUUGGACCGACGCUGUUCCGACCGGAGCAGGAGACUUCUGACAUGACAGCCCACGUAUUCUACCCCGGGCAGCUCAUCCAGCUGAUGCUCGACAACUUUGCUAGCCUCUUCACCUGACUAGGGCGAGAAAAAGGAGGACGUCUCCUGCCAUUUGUCAGUUUUCUGAGAGGGACGGCAGGUCUUCUUUGGAAGACAUCCCGUCAACUCUCUCCCGGAGGACCCUCUUCCCCGUCCUGAGUCUCACUUGAGCUGUUAGAUGUGGGAGUUUUCGGAAGAGGAAGGUGUACGAGCCCACUUCCACUCUCCCCAAGUUGACGGGUCAGGCACUUAUUCUCAGCAUUCCUUUAUUUUCAGGAAACUGUCAUUAUUAAAGUUUUUGUUUUUUUUUUUUCU